UUCCCCUUUUAGCCACACUGCGUGAUCCCGUCUAUUAGUCUGCGGCAGUGCAAUUAGAACGCCAGAAUGUUGCCUCUAUUUGUGGAGUUUAAAGAGACAGCGUGACAGUUUAUUUUAAUGUAUUCAAUUAGUACAUUUUAUGACAGGUUGCAGCUAUGACUGAAAAUCCUUCUGAAUGUAGAUAUUCCGUAGAGGAACUUCGUUCCUGGUGGGAAAUUCCCGCUAUCGCUCAUUUCUGUUCACUUUUCCGGGAGGCUUUUAAACUUCCAGAUUUUGAAAUUGAGGACUUGGAAGGGGCUUUACUAGGUGAAAAUUGGAACUUCUUGGAAGAUUUAAUUACUCGUUUGUUGCAAGGAUGUUAUCAACGCACCGAUAUCACCUCACUAAAUUUUCACACAUAUUUGGAAGAUAUUAUGGAACAUCGAUGGGACCAUGAAGAUGGAAAGAAAAACAUAUUAAAAGGAACACAUUUGAGGAUUCUUCCUCUGUAUUCAGUUGUACAGAUACUACAUAGUCUUACUAAUUAUCGGUUAGAAGCUGCUGAUGUCUUUGACCUUGUAAAGGAUCUUGAAGCAGACAGUCUGAGGCUGGAUCCCCUAGGAGAGGACAGUAAAGGCAUUCGUUACUGGUACUUUUAUGGAACUCGGUUGUACAAAGAAGAUUCAGCACCAGCAGUAUCAACAACUCCUCCAGACCCUCCACCUCCACCUUCUACAUUUCUGCCAGAAUUAAGAAAAGAAAAAGACCUGAAAACGAACAAGUAAUUUACAUUACUAAUGUAUAAAAGAUGUUGAUUGUGACCUCAGUG